AUGGUACACAGAUUAGGGCUGGUGAAGAUCAAACACCCGAGGCCUUAUAAACUACAGUGGCUUGACGAUGCUACCGAGCUCAAAGUAACCGAGCAAGUCACGGUUCCUUUUAGUGUGGGCAAGUACAAAGACAAGGUGCUUUGUGAUGUUGUGCCUAUGCAAACAGGGCAUGUUCUACUGGGUAGGCCAUGGCAGUUUGACAAGGCUACCUUACACAAUGGUCGCACCAACUUUUAUAGCUUUACACACCUUGGCCGCAAAUACAAUCUAGUACCACUCAGCCCCACCGAGGUCCACGAGCUUCAGAGCCGGAUGCAACAAGAGGCUAAGUCUUCUAAAUCAGCAUUAUAUAUAUCUACUGGGUUAAAGGAACUUGAGCUCCCACCUGAGGUAGAGGCUUUGAUCAAACGGUUCGAAGAUGUGUUUCCCGAAGAGAUCCCACCAGGGCUACCACCUCUACGAGGAAUAGAACAUCAGAUAGACCUUGUUCCAGGCCAGCCGUUACCAAAUAAGGCAGCUUACCGAAUAAACCCGGAAGAAAGCAAAGAGCUUGAGAGACAAGUGUGA